CCACGAGACCAUGACCUGAGCUGAAGUUGGACGCUCAACUGACUAAGCCACCCAGGUGCCCCUAAGAAAAAGAUUUUUAAAAAGAUGCUACUGGAGGGCAUCUUUAUUAUUAUUUUUUUAAUCUUAAAACAUAUACUACUCAACUUUUACAGUGUAUAGACUGUUGUGAAGUCUUUUACUUCGGUAAGACCUCAAAGUACGUGGAAAACCUAGAAAAUGUGUAAAAACCAAAUAGCCUAAUAUUUGUACAAUGAACCAUUUAACCUAUAGUGAACAGCACAACAGUGCCUGUGAAACACCUGACUUCAGGAAUGUACCAGCCCUUAAAAAUCCUAACAGGCAGUACUGGAAAUUUAAAGAGGAAGAGAGCCGAGUCGAUGAAAUGGGAAGGAAGAAGCGGUUUUAACACUGGCGAGACUAGAGCAAAAGAACUUAUUGCUCUUAACUGUUUAGUAUUUAGCUGGCCACUGGCAGGCCUGCACCAAAUAUGGCAGAAGGAGAUAGUUCCUGUGCCCAGAUAAAAGGGAGCGGGCCCAGGGGUGGAGCCAGAACCCUAAUCAGAGUAAACACGAGAGCCGGAGAGAGGGGGUCGGUAGCUGGUACACUGGAGCCAAGCAGACGGGUCACUUCACUUGUUUCUGGGGAAGUCUGCUUCAGGUUAUCCUUAACCGUUUCAAACCUCAACCCACUUUCUGCACAAGAAUCCCCAAGGGCCACUUACUCCAUUUGAUUUUCUCGCAGCCUCCCGUUUCCCCCCAAAAGGGGGGGGGUGCAAAUGACACUACGCCUUUAAAGUGGUUUCUGUUUGCAAUCUCCAUUUUGAGUCUGUAGUGGGCAAAGGUUUGGAAAUUCCCACUUCUCUCCGAGUCUUCUCUUUUCCUUCUGGUCAAUCGAAAGGGAGGAAAACAGAAAAAAAAGAAAAAAUCACACUGUGGGGGGUGCCGGUCUCCCUGGACUGAUAGUGGAGAGUGUGUGAGGACUUAUGUGUUUAGACUUUUGUGUGAGUGUGUGUGUGUGUGUGUGUGUGAGAGAGAGAGAGAGAGAGAGAGAGAGAGAGAGAGACAGAGAGGGAGGGAGAGAGAGUAGUUUACAAACUGGUCACAAGGUGGUGUACAGACAUCGGAUUUUCUUUCAGAUUUUCAUUCAUGGUUGUAUCCCUGUGCCUUUGUACAGAGGAAAAGGACAAGGCCGUUCGUGCAUCGCCAGCUGCCAGCUGCACUGUCUCCCCGUAAGGCUGGGGCUCUUCGGGAACCUAGGCGGCCACUGAGGAGCCAGGGCUGAUGACAAGGGAGAGGGGCAGGAGAGUGGGCGGGAGGUGUGGGGAGAGACAGCUGGGAGCGCGCGUUCUCUGUUCUCUCACCUGAACCCCUGGCAAGCAGCCACCAUAGAUUUACUGCUCCCUUAACUGGGAUCCUUUCCGUCUUUUAUGGACAAAGUGCGCUCAGCUAUGAGGUACAGGAAUGUUCCUUGAUGGGGGAGACGGUUAUCAGUAGACGCCCGUAGGCAAAGCUGCUAAGUGCCCGAGGUUGGGUCCGUGUAGGAUGCCCCCAAACCCAAACCGACAAAAAACCCACAGAAACACGAUAUGGCAUUAUGCUUGAAGUCUGGGCCGUCAGAAGUAAUCCACACAAAGCCAAUGUCAGGAUAUGCCACGAAUACAAUUGCCAAAAUGCUUUGGAGUUUUUAACUAACUGACUUAAGAAAAGUCCAAAAUAGAUUUGAGACUGUAAAAACAGAAGCUGCAGCAAGGGGGAUUCAGUGCCAAUGCAUCAACAAAAAAGACAGCCAGAGUUAGUGGAAGGAAAUCUUCCUGUUUUUGUGUUUCCCACGGAGCUAAUAUUUUAUGCAGAUGACCAGUCAACACAUAAGCAAGUGUUGACUCUGUAUAAUCCCUAUGAGUUUGCCUUAAAGUUCAAAGUUUUGUGUACUACUCCAAAUAAGUAUGUUGUCGUCGAUGCUGCAGGUGCAGUCAAGCCUCAGUGUUGUGUGGAUAUUGUGAUUCGUCAUAGAGACGUUCGAUCCUGUCACUAUGGUGUAACGGACAAAUUCCGUCUCCAAGUUUCCGAGCAAAGCCAGAGGAAGGCUUUAGGAAGGAAAGAGGUUGUGGCUACUCUUCUCCCGUCUGCAAAAGAACAACAAAAGGAAGAAGAGGAAAAAAGGAUAAAGGAACAUUUAACUGAAAGUUUAUUUUUUGAGCAGUCCUUUCAACCAGAAAACAGAACUGUCUCUUCAGGACCUAGUUUACUAACUGUCUUCCUGGGAGUGGUGUGCAUUGCGGCUUUGAUGCUUCCUACGCUGGGGGAUGUGGAAUCGCUGGUGCCUCUCUACCUCCACUUAAGUGUGAAUCAAAAAUUAGUGGCUGCUUAUAUCUUAGGUCUUAUCACAAUGGCCAUACUUAGAACAUGAGCAAGGAAUUCAGUUGACUUCUGAAGUAAAUUUAUCUUGCAAAUAUGAAUGUGGACUGCCUUUUAUCUCUUUCACUCCAUUAACAUGCUACAAACUAUUGAGUGAUUUACAAUAAUUGCAAAUGUAUAAUUGCAAACGUAUAAUAUAUAUUUUAAAUUACUCUAUAAUUUUAUUUGAAGGACUCUAGCACAUUAUGAUACAGACAGCAAGGAUGCCUCAAUUACGCCUAGGAAAUUAUUUGAAAAAAUUCUUUUUAUAUCUAAACCGAUUAUGCAAAAGACUUUAACCAUCUGUUAUUUUCUCAUCUUUUUUUCUAAUUUACUUUGAUUAAGGUCGUAUGUCCUUCACAGUUAAAGGCCUGAAAGAGCAAACUGACCAGCUUAAAUGUAAAAUGACAUUUCCUAACUACAAACAUCAAUGUUCCUAUGUAAAUUAUACCUUGUCCUCUCAUUAUAAACAGUUGCCAUGGUGUUUCUAAAAUAAGUUUCACGGUUAAUGUGUGGAGGGCACCAAGAGAAAAAGCAUAAAGUGCUGAGGGAUCAUGCUUAUCCUAUCCUAGGAUCUCACAGGAGACCAGACAUAUUUCAUUCAUCUGGUGAACUACAGCACAGGUUGUGGUCCAGACACAAAGCAUGUGGGGGUUUUUGCAACCCUCAGAAGUAGGGUGACUUCUCUAUUUGGCCUAAGAAGUCUAAAGGAAGGUAGGCAUUUGUUUAGUUAAUUGGUUCACCCUGGCUUUACCUCUGGAUAAUGCUUUCUGUUAACAGGAGGAAAAAAAUCGCUUUAUCAUUUCUUCCUAGCCCUUUGCCCGACUGUAAGCAACUAGACCGGUCUGGGGUUACCAGAUACCGGGUGGUUUAUAUGGAGAUGUUUUUCACCUUUAAACUCCAAGCCAAGUAUACAAAAUCCUUGAUAACGUGUCUAUUUUAUAACAGUCACGGAGAUAUUUUUUAAGUUUGUAUUUAUUAAGACAACUUUACCAAAAAAAAGCCCCUAAAGCACAACUAUUUACAUUUCUUUGUAGCGUCUCUGAUCUUUAACCACAUAUAUGCAGUUUGAACUGUUCUUAUCAUAAUAACUGAUCUUUUGACUUAGGGUUUUUUUUUUAAGUUUAUUUAUUUAUUGCGAGAGAGAGUGUGCACGCGAGCAGGGGAGGGGCAGAGAGGGAGAAAGAGAAUCCGGAGCAGGCUCCGUGCUGUCAGCGCAGAGCCCAACGCGGGGCUCGAACCCACGAACUGUGAGAUCAUGACCUGAGCCGAAAGCAAGAGUCGGACACUUAACCAACUGAGCCACCCAGGCGCCCCUUGACUUAGGAUUUUUAUCUGAGAGCACAAUGCCUUGAGUCUCUUGAAAAUCAUCUUUCAGAUCUUUUUACAGAACAAACUUCUGCACCUGCUACUGUAGUAUUCUCAAGGAAUUUACAUAAACACAAAAUGUAUGCCUGAGGUUGGUUUUUGCAGGAAAUAGUACUUUGCUUCUAAAGUAAAAGCUACAUAUACUCUUUCAGAGAAAAUCUUCACUGUUUAACCAUUUGGGGAAGAUAAAUCAUUAAAUGGAUCAUGUCUGUACAUUGUGUAAUGACUGAAAAGCACAUAAAUGUAAUCUAUUUUGAACUUUGUAAAAAAAAAAUAUGUUUGGAGGCUAUCCUUGUUUCUCUGUCCCUUUCAAGUCCUCUGUGUGUGUGUGUGUGCACGUGUGUGCAUCCGCGCAUGCGUGCGUCUGUGUGCAAGCGCACACAUGUGCGUGUGAGAUAACCCGUUGUAAAGGACAAAAAUUACUUUGAAAAAAUAAAAGAAAAUGGAGACCUCCUGAGUUUCA